UAGCCUCUCUGCUGCUCUAUAUAAACCCACUCUCAUUCAUUCUCCUCUUCACCCCCCAUGCUCAAUACCAUUUCUUAGCUUCUCUUCUUCCUAGCCAGCUUUCAAACAAUCUGCUUCUUCCUAUUCCUCUCUUUGUUUAAUUACCAAUGGCCACAGCUGAGGUUGUAUCUGCACAGACUGCACUCCCAGAGGAGCAAACUGAAAAAUCAUUCAAAGCUGAAGAUCAGACUCCCACAGAAGCAGUAGUCGAUCUACCAGCAGCAGAACCAAAACCCGAGCCCGAAACCGAAGUUCCCAAUGUAGAAGCAGAGGAGGUAGCUGAAGUACCUAAAGAAAUUGAGGACCCAGUUUCUGAAAUUACAGCCCAAGUAGAGAAAAUAGAGGUUGCAACAGAGGAAAAGGUUGUCACUCAUGAAGAGCCAGCUGCAGUAGUGGAGACAACAGAGAAAUCAGUGGAGGAAACACCAGAGCCAACUGUUACUGAGACCAACAAAAUCACCAGCUCUGCCGUCGCACAGGAGCCAGAAGCUGCCAGUGAGCCACCAAAGGAGGAAAGUGUGGAGGAGGAAGAGAAAGUUGAAGCAGAAGCAGAAGCUGCAGCCCCAGUUGAGAAAACUGAGUAAUCAAGUUCAACAGAGUGAAGUGUGGUACUGUUUUUCUAUGGAGUUGAAAUAAAAAAAAAAAAAAAAACUGGUUUUAGUGGGCAUUGGAACUUCUUGAAUCUCAACGCUUUCUGCUGUGUGUUAGACUAUUGUGGUUAUUUGUUCCAAGUCUUCGAGUAUUGUUAAUUUUGUUAUGAUGCAUGUAUGGGUUAUGUUGGUUUUGAUUAAUAAUAAAUGGUCUUAGUUUGUGUAA